AUGAGCGCCGACGCGGCGAAGUUGGACGGGGAGGAGAUGGCCAUCGUGGCGGCGUUGGAGGCUGAGGUGGUGGGCUUGGUGGUGACAGAGGAGCACGUCCAGCGCAUCCUCCUCGCCAUCGACAACUUCACCCGCAAGGUGUCGGGGAUGCUGGACUCCGGGCGCGCCAUGCUCAAGGACCUCGCCGCCGACUUCGAGGACCGCCUCUACAGUCGCAGCAUCAUAUCUUGCUUGAUCCACAAGGAGAGGGUGAACAAGUGGGAGGAGGAGAUGCUGGGGGCCCGUGACGCCGCCAACGAGCAGACCCGCGCCAUCCUCCACAGCGCCCAGCUGCAGCUCUUCCACAUCCGCCAGCCCAGUAGUCAGUCAGCAGAGUUCAACUACCCGUGCGAGAGCGGCAAUUUGGUGCCCGGGCUCGCAUGA